UUACAUUAUACACCAAAUAGGCCUAGCCUAAUUGAAGAUCGGCACAUACACUUUUGUCUUUCAGUACCCUAAUAACGUGCAAAAAACUUGUAGUCCUAGAUUAAAGCAGAAACACUAAACACUAAAGCAGAAAAGGCAUGUUUCAGUAAAAAGGUCGUGAUUAAAUUCUGCGACACAACAUACAAAGUGCAAUAUUAACUUAAGAACAGUGGAGGGAGCUAUUGUACACUAUUUGUCACAUCUUGUUGGUCACGCGAACAAAUAACUCUGCGCUUGCCGUAACAUGGACUGUACGGAUGUUGAUAGACUUGCGUACAUUUGUGUGAAUGAUAUAACCGUGGAAGCAAGACCGUACAACUAUUGUUAAUGUUUUCAGGCAUAUUCGUAUUUUCAUUUGGAAAUAGAUCAAUAUUUCCGAACACCAGAAUCUAAAUGACGGAAUUCAACAGAGUAGUUUAGCCCAAGCAACUGUAAAGACGUAAGAGUUCUUGUCUUUAGCACUGGCUAGCCAGGUAUAGCCAGCUAACGUGAGUUAAACCAUUAGUUAGAAGUCUGUGGUUCAGUUUGUCAUUUGUAUUUAUAUUUAACGUGACGGUUACGCGCUUUCUGUGCAUCAGUAAUGUUAAAAGUCACAGUUUGGAACGCAGGACUGGUUGUUUUACUGUGGCUACUCCUUGGAGAUUUUGUUGUGGGGUGGUUUCACUACAACAUUAUAAGCAACACGCCACAGAACCAUCAUUCCGAGAAAAGUGCAUCCGACAACGAAGAGCAAAGCUGUUUUUGCCACUUGACUGGCGUUCUGGAUGACUGCUUCUGCGACAUCGAGAGCAUCGAUGCCUUCAACAACUUCAAGCUCUACCCCCUCAUAAGGAAACUCACAGAGAAGGACUUCUUCAGGUAUUACAGGGUGAACCUGAAGCGUCCAUGUCCCUUCUGGGCGGAGGAUGGCCAGUGCUCCAUCAAAGACUGCCACGUGGAGCCCUGCCCGGAGAGCAGGAUCCCGGUGGGCAUUAAGUCGGGCAACUACAACAAGUACUCCAAGGUGGUAAACACGGACCUGGGGGACCUGUCGGAUUGUGAGCAGGCUCAGAAUCUGGGCGCCAUAAACAGCACGCUCAGGUAAAGAGGCACCACAUUUGCACUGCACUCCGAGUCUCAGCUCAAGAGCCUUUCACCAACCCUUAGCUCCACACACACCUCACUGAAUCAGACAUCCUGUGUGGUGUCCUUACCCUAGAGAACCACAUCACACUAUGC